AUGUGGGGGACGCCGGGCGCCGCGGAGCGGAGCAUCCGUCCCUACUGCUCCAGCCAGCAGUACCUCUGCGCCAUGAAGGAGGACCUGGCCGAGUGGCUGAAGGAGCUGUAUGACCUGGACAUCGAGGCAGGCACCUUCCUGGAGGUGCUGGAGACGGGGGCCGUGCUCUGCUCCCACGCCAACCACGUCGCCCACGCGGCCGCAGAGUUCGCCCGCACCUGCCCUGCUGCAGCCCGCCGCCUCCGCCUGCCCGCCGCCGGCGUCGCCUGCAACCUCGCGGCGCAGCCGGGCACCUUCCAGGCCAGGGACAACGUCUCCAACUUCAUCCAGUGGUGCAGGAAGGAGAUGGGUAUUAAAGAUGUGCUGAUGUUUGAGACGGAGGACCUGGUGCUGCGGAAGAACGAGAAGAACUUCGUGCUGUGCCUGCUGGAGCUGGCGCGCCGCGCCGCCCGCUUCGGCAUGCGCGCCCCGACCCUCGUGCAGAUGGAGGAGGAGAUCGAGGAGGAGCUCCGGCAGGAGCUGCACCUGCCCCCCACAGACACCCCCCUGCCCCGGCCCCCCAGGGAACCCCGGGACCUUCAAAACCUUGACCAGAUGGUCCAGCACCUGGUGAGCCGCUGCACCUGCCCCGUCCAGUUCCCCAUGAUUAAGAUAUCAGACGGGAAAUACCGCGUGGGCGACUCCGACACCCUCAUCUUUGUCCGGAUCCUGCGGGAGCACGUCAUGGUGCGGGUCGGGGGCGGCUGGGACACGCUGCAGCACUACCUGGACAAGCACGACCCGUGCCGCUGCACCUCGCUCUCUCACAAGCAGCAUUCCAGGAGCAGGACCCCCCAGCAGGUGCAGCACGAGGUCCAGCUCUGCAAAGCGCCCCCGGCCCCCAGCCGUGGGCAGCCCUCGCUGCUGGUCAGCCGCUCACAGAGCCCGCUGCCCCCCGUCACAUGGGGACCCCCUGGGGGGACCACAGAGGAGCUGGCAGCAGGGGGCCAGACCCCGCAGGGCACGAGGGCAGCCACCCUGCCAAAGCCCCGGCGGUGCCUCAAGAAACCUGAGCGUGUGCCCUCCAUCUACAAGCUGAAGCUGCGGCCCAAAGUGCGUCCCCGGCGGGACCAUCGGCCCGGGAAGGGCCCCUCGCGCAUCCCCACCCCCCUGGGGCAGCGCCUGCCCCGUGCGCGGGGCCAGCAUCGCCCCCCGGCCCCGACACGGCACCCGCAGCCCGGGGGUGCACGCCCCGCAGCCAAGCACUCGCUGGCUGACAGCGGCGCGUGGCUUACCGAAGACGAUGAGGAGGCGUGGGUCUGA